AUGUCUUCUAAUAAAUAUAUCGAAUAAUCUCCAGAAGUCUUAAGCCAAAGAAACUCAUUUAGACAUUCUUCAUUUAAUUAGAGUGUUCAAGAAUUCUCUUAGUAUAAAGAAAAAAUGUAGGAUCUUAUGUUGCCAAAUGUAGAAUUUGUAGAUCCAUAAGAUUUUAAGAAGCAAAAUGAAUGUUUAGUUUGUGGCAUUGAAUUUACUUAGACAAAUAGACAGCAUCAUUGUAGGUAAUGUUUAUGCUGCUAUUACAUUUUAGAAUGUGUGGAAGUUCCUGCUGUGGCUAAUGUUCUCAAAAAACAAUCAAUAAGAAUAGAGUCUGUGAUAUUUGCUAUAUGAAAGCCUCUUAGUUAGCUGCUGAGAAAAAAAGGAAUAAGUUCUUACAAUCUUUAAAGGAUUCUGCAAAAAAAUUGAGAAUACAUAUAGAAUAAGCAUAAAAAAAGAAAUAAGAGUUGUAGAAUGAAAGAGAUGCUCAAUUGGACAAAUAAUAGAUCGACUUAAGAAUAUUAGAAAAGGAAACUGAAGACUAUAGAUUAAAGUAUUCUCAAAAAACUUAAGACAAAUGUUUAUAUGAGCAAGAAGUUUAGGAAUUUAUUAAAAAAAUGGCAGAAUUAAAUGCUCUUAAAGAAUAGGUAUAGUAAGAAUGCCAGGAAAAAGAACAGGAAAUACGCGCUUAUGACACUAAUCUAUAUUUAAGAGAGCAAGAAUUAAAUGACAAAAAGACUUAAUUGCAAAGAUUAAAAUAAUAAAAAGAAGAAUUAGAAAUAUUGUCUUAGAAAAUUGAGUAAAAUCCAGAGGUAGCUUAAGAUAUUAGCAUACCUGAGCCAGUUUAAAUAUUAUAACAAGAGAAACAAUUACAGCAAAUGUACAAUACUAAUAUUGAUAUUGAUGAUAUUAUGUAUGGAAACACUGAUAAUGGUAAGGAAUCCUUAACUUUAAUCAAAUAGGAAUAGCCUCAACAAUAGUAAAAAAAGUAAAGUUCUACAUAACCAAAUAAAUAAAAGUAGAAGGAUGAAGAGGAGGGGGAAGAACAAUAUAAAUGUAAUAUUUUUUGA